UGCAACAACACAAGGAGCGCGCUUGCCGUCUCGACCACCGCGUGCAUAGGAGGGAGGCGCCAUGCAGUUCGUGUCCGUGGACGUGGGGACGCAGAGCGUCCGCGCAGCACUCGUCACAGACAAAGGACGCUUCCUAAAGACGGCAUCACGGCCGCUGGAAUUGUGGAACCCGCGGCCUGGUUUCUACCAGCAGUCAUCGGAUCAGAUAUGGAAUGCCUGCUGCGACGCCGUCAAGGAGGUGUGUCGGGAGGCGACGGACGUAAGUGGCAUCGGCUUCGACGCCACCUGCUCGCUCGUGGUCCUGGACGACUCCGGGCGGCCACUGACCGUCAGCCCGAAAGGUGAGCCGGAGCAGAACGUGGUGCUGUGGAUGGACCACCGCGCCGUGUCGCAGGCUGAGGCCAUAAACGCAACUGGGCAUUUUGUGCUGCGCUUUCUUGGCGGAACCAUGUCGCCCGAGAUGCAGCCACCAAAGCUCCUCUGGCUUAAACAGCACAUUCCAUCGACCUGGGGGCGCAUUGGUCUGGCCCUGGACUUGUCCGAUUUCCUAACAUGGCGAGCCACUGGCUGCGCGUCACGGUCCCUCUGCACGGCCGUGUGCAAGUGGACGUACCAGGCGGGUACGGUGACCGGCUCCGAUAUGAAACCUGGCUGGCAGGACUCCUUUUGGACUCGCAUCGGCCUCGAUGACCUCACGCGCGACAACUACAGGAUCAUAGGACAGGAAUUCCGGCCACCAGGAUCCCCCUGUGGAAACGGUUUGAGCAUGGAGGCUGCCAUAGAGAUGGGCCUGAAGAAAGGCACGCCCGUCGCCACUUCCAUUAUCGACGGGCACGCCGGAGGCCUUGGCCUGCUUGGCUGCGAGGCGGAAGGCGAAUUCCCGAAGGAAUUCUCCCAACGCCUGGCCAUUAUCGCUGGGACAUCAGCCGCUCAUAUGCUGGCAAGCGAGAAGUGCAUCUUCACUCCAGGCGCUCCUGGCCCCUUCUUUUCGGCCAUGGUUCCAGGAAUGUGGCUCUGCGAACCGGGACAGAGCGCAGCCGGGGCCCUGGUGGACCACGUAAUUUCGACGCACCCGUCCUACCCACAAAUAGUGGCGAAGACGAAGCCGGACCGGAGGCCCGAGGACACGCUCAACGAUCUGCUCCAGUCCAUGUGCGAGAGGCAAGGCCUCGAUUCCCCGUCAAAGCUGGCGGCCGACCUCCACGUGUGGCCCGACUUCCAUGGCAACCGGUCACCGCUCGCCGACCCAACUCUACGGGGCAUGAUUUGCGGACUGACGCUGUCGGCUGACGAGGAGGAUCUCGCGAGGCUGUACCUCGCUACGCUUCAAGCACUGGCGUACGGGUCACGCCACAUCAUAGACGCCCUGACCGACACGGGCCACUCGUUGUCCGGCCUAUUGACGUGUGGGGGUCUGGCCAAGAACCCGCUGUACGUGCGGUCGCUAGCGGAUGCCACUGCUGUCACCACUGAAGAUGACAGUGAGGUGUACAAGCUGUACGACGUGGAGUCUGGGUGUGGCAACGCGGCCGCUCUGCUUCGCCAGCUGGACCUCGACGAACAGGGAGAGUUUGUUUUCUCCCGAGCCGUGGCUGAGCCAACAAAAUCAUGCACGAGGUUCCUCAUGUGUGCCUGA